AUGGGAACAACAAACCUCACAGAGAUCGACGCUCAUGAGCAGCCGUCUGAUGAGAUGCGUGCUGAGUGGAAGGGUUAUAUGCGUCAAGAUCACAAAAGCCUGCUUAACGACCCCCGCAUCGAUGAUCCACGAGCUCCCCUAGAAGAGUCUGGUUUUCUUCAAGUCUCGGCCAUCUCCAAAGAGCAAAUUGCUAAGAGCUUUGCUCGACUACACCCUGACCUGGCGUCCGAGGUCAACAGUGACGUCCAGGUCAUCCAUCAUCCGCUGCUACCAGGUCUGCUGAUCAUCCCCUCACUUUUGCCGCCAUCCGUGCAAAAGACUUUACUGGAUCGUAUGGUCCAUCGCGAUCUCAGCGAGCAGAAGCACCAGACCAAUUUACAUCUACACUACAAUCUACCAUACCCAGAGGGAAACGACCAAGACGAGAAAUCCUUCUUUUCCCUUGAUCCAGAAACCCCUGCCUCGUUCAUGCCAAAAGACUCCAGCGUCCAUAAGCCGCUUUCUAUCAAGCAGGUCAUGCAACGAAAACUGCACUGGGUAACACUUGGUGGCCAGUAUGAUUGGACCAAUCGCAUUUACCCACAAGGCUUGCCGCCGCAGUUCCCAACUGACAUCUCUCACUUGUUGAAGGACCUGUUUCCCGAGACUGAUGCACAGGCAGCCAUUCUUAACUUCUAUACACCAGGCGAUACCAUGAUGAUGCACCGGGAUGUAAGCGAGGAGACAGACAAAGGACUCAUCAGCCUGAGCUUUGGCUGCGAUGGCCUUUUCAUGAUCGCUCCUAACGACCUGAAAUCAGGUACUCGGAGCGAGAUACCGGGCGAAAAGCAAUACCUGCUGUUGAGACUCAGAUCAGGUGACGCUAUUUAUAUGACGCAUGAAUCAAGGUAUGCCUGGCAUGGAGUGCCGAAAGUGCUCAAGGACACGUGCCCUGCGUAUCUUGAAGACUGGCCAGCUCGUGCCGAUGGAAAGUUCUCGGAAUGGCGAGGAUGGAUAAAAACCAAGAGAAUCAAUCUGAAUGUUCGCCAGAUGCGGGAUUGA